AUGCAAGAUACAUUAAUUACCGCUACAGUAAACAAUUGCAACAUUAACAACAAUAAUAAUAAUAAUAAUAAUAAUAAUAAUAAUAAUAAUAGUAAAAAUAGUAAAAAUUUCAAUACAUCUGAUUUAUAUAACUCUGUUUCAGAUUAUAAAGUUGAAUCAAUCACCGAAUUUCAAAUUAAUCAAAUAAAUAUGGAACAACAAUCAACUAAGAAACGAAGUGCAUCUACACUAUCAGCACCACCAUCAACAUCUUCAUCAGGAGAAGAAGACAAUAUUAUAAAUAAAAAUAAUAAAAAUAAUAAUAAUAAUAAUAAUAGUACUAAUAAUAAUAAUUCAUCAAAAAAGAAGAAAAGAAUUUCAAAUGAAACAAAUGAUGAUGAUAAACCAAAAAGACCAAGAAAGAAUGAAGCAGUUUGUACUUUUUGUGAAAAGCCAGGUGAAUUAUUAAUGUGUGAUGGGUUAUGUUUAAGAUCAUUUCAUAUUAGUUGUUUAAAAGCCAGAAACUUAUAUAACCCAAGUUCAUCAUCAAUAUCACCAGUUACAACAAUUGAUGGAACAGUUCGUUGGGAGUGUAAUGAUUGUGUUAGUUCUCAAAAUUCAUGUUUUUCAUGUAAAAAGAGAGGUAUAAUUGGAAUUGAUUUGAUGAAAUGUAAAGUUCACCAAUGUGGUAAAUUUUAUCAUUAUAAAUGUGUUGCAGAUUAUAAACUUGCCAAACUUAUUAAUACUAAAACCCCACGUUUUAAUUGUCCACUUCAUUAUUGCUCAGUUUGUGAAGUGUCUGGUGAUGGUAAACAAUCAGUACACUGUUUUAGAUGUCCAACUGCCUAUCACGUAAUUUGUAUGCAACCUGGUGUUAAAAUGCUAACUAAAACUAGAGAAACUCGUAAAACUGGUUUAGUCUUAUGUCCGAAACAUAUUGGUGAACAAAAUCCACAUGAUCAUGAUCAAAUCCAUAAUCAUACCCACACCCACACCCAUACCAGUCAAUCAAAUAUCUCAUCAACCUCAUCUUCAUCAGUACCUUCAUUAAUUAUCUCAUCAACUUCUGCCAUUGGUAGUAUAAAUACAAGUGGUGAAAUUUUCCAAUCAUCACCACCAUCAUCAUUAACUAGAAAAUCAUCAAUUCCAACUAGUAUUAUCACGAAAUCAAUUAAUAAUAAUAAUAAUAAUAAUAAUAAUAAUAAUAAUAAUAAUAAUAAUAAUUUAAAUAUUAAUAAUAAUUUAAAUAUUAAUAAUAAUAACAAUAAUAAUAAUAAUUUUAAACCAAUUCAGAAUAAUAUUGAAUCAAAUAUUAAUCCAUUACAUUAUUUAAUGUAUUCAACAUCACCAAUCACAUCACCAACAACUUUAUCAAUUCCAACAUCACCAUUAUCCUCACCAUCAUAUUCACCAAAUUAUACAGCAAACUUUAAACCAAAUUCUUUUGAUGUUAAUCAACAACAACAACAACAACAACAACAACAACAACCAAUCAAAAUACCAAAAUAUAUUAAUAAUUUUAAUGCUAUUAAAAAUCAACAAAAAUUAUUAAAUACCAAUAAUAAUACCAAUAAUAAUAUUUAUAAUAAUAUUAAUAAUAGUUAUAAUAGAAAUAACCAAAAUAACAAUUUAAAUAUUAAUAAUAUUAAUAAUAAUAAUAAUAAUAAUAAUGAUGGUGAAUAUGAUGAUUUAUAUGAUGAUAUUUCUCAAUAUGCAUCAAGUUUAAUGUCAAUUAAAGAUCAAACAGUUUCAGUUUCCUCAUUCUCAUCACCAUCCUCAUCCUCAUCCUCAUCAAGUAGAGAAAAUUCAUUCUCAUCAAAUAUUAAUAAUAUUAAUAACAAAACUGAUGAAUCCACAAUCAUAAUACCAGAAUCAUUUGAAAAAAUGCAUAAUAGUGAUAGAGUAGCUUGCCUUAAGAAAUCAUUACAACAACAAAUGCAGCAGCAACAACAACAACAACAACAAGAACAACUUGUUGUUCAACCAAAAAAAUUAGAUGAAGGUAAAUUAAUUGAACAAUUCUUUCAAUUUUCCAAAUCCAAAAACUUCCAUAGCCAAAAUUGUAAAAAUUCUUUCACCCCAUAUUAA